ACACACUAAUUUGAAGUGCGUUGUCUCGUGCUGUGAGCUUUGUUUACGUAGCAUUAUUUUAGCAGACCGAUGAUACGACUUCCGCAUCAGUUAUUUUCAAUCAAAUUUUUAUUUGGAGCGUGUGGCUGUGAUAAUUAUUUCGUUGUGGUUCUAGUUCAUUGAUGUUCAUUGUAAUCUAGAGAUACUGAUAUUGCCUUCAGUGAUCGAUUGUGUUAUUGAAGUUGAUAUCGCCUGCCUUUGCCUUUGCUGAGUUAAUCUCACCACCUCCCAAGCUGCCACCUAAUGAGGAAGCGUGUGGGUGAGGACGGUAUGGCGGGGGCGCCGUCCGACGCUGGGCACGACAAGUCGGACUCUCACGGCGGCGGCGGUCUGCGCGGUGACGUGGCCAACAUCUGCCUGCUGCUGCUGCUGUACGUGCUGCAGGGCAUCCCGCUGGGCCUGGCCGCCGCCAUCCCCAUGAUGCUGCAGAACCGCGGCGUCACCUACUCGCAGCAGGCAGAGUUCAGUUUCGCCUUCUGGCCGUUCAGCCUCAAACUGCUGUGGGCGCCCAUCGUGGACGCCUGCUAUGUGUCCCGGUUCGGGCGCAGGAAGUCGUGGCUGGUGCCCGUGCAGUAUCUGAUCGGCCUGUUUCUGCUGGUGCUCUCGUCACGAGCGGAGUCGCUGAUCGGUGGUGAGCACGAGAAGCCGAACGUGGCCCAGCUGACGACGGUGUUUUUCUCGCUCAACUUUCUGGCGGCCACGCAGGAUAUUGCCGUGGACGGAUGGGCGCUGACGAUCCUGCAGAAGAGGAACGUCGGACACGCGAGUACCUGUAAUAGUGUUGGGCAGAGCGCCGGCUACUUCCUCGGCUUUGUGGUGUUUAUAGCUCUGGAGUCGGCCGAGUUUUGUAACAAGUACCUGCGCGCGGUGCCGCAGGCUCAGGGACUAGUCACAUUCUCAGGUUUUAUGUUCUUCUGGGCGGUGGUGUUCCUCCUAACGACCACAGCGGUGGCUCUGUUCAAACACGAGUCCCCUCUGAACCGAGACGGUACGCGUGACCCGGAGCUGGACGUGCGAGAGACCUACUCACAGCUGGUGCGGAUCACCAGUCUGAAGCCGGUGCGCACGCUGAUCGCCAUUCUGCUCACUGUGAAGAUCGGUUUCUCGGCUGCCGACGCCGUCACCGGUCUGAAGCUGGUGGAGGCGGGCGUGCCCAAGGACCGGCUGGCGCUGAUGGCCGUGCCCAUGAGCCCGCUGCAGGUGCUGCUUCCCUUCUUCAUCAGCAAGUACACGGCUGGACCGAGACCCAUGAGCCUGUUCCUGCGCGCCAUGCCCUGGAGGCUGCUGUUUGGUCUCAUCAUGGCCGGCCUGGUGUACGUCACGCCCCUGUUCAAACUGGAGGACGCCUCGUUCCCGCUGAGCUACUACGGCCUCAUUUUGGUUGUGUUCGUACUGCACCAGGUGGCGCUCUACUCCAUGUUUGUCUCAGUGAUGGCGUUCUUCGCUCGGAUCUCGGACCCGGCCGUCGGUGGAACGUACAUGACGCUCCUGAAUACGGUCACCAACCUCGGCGGUAACUGGCCGGCCACUAUGAUGCUGUGGAUGGUGGAUCAGCUGACGUGGAAGACGUGUCCCUCCGGUCUCGGCUGUUCGACUAACGCGGACUGCGGGGAAGGCGAGGCGGCCCUCUGUACCACCACUCUGGACGGUUACUACAUCGAGAGUCUGGCGUGCGCCUGCUUCGGCUUCCUGUGGCUGCUCUGGGGCCGGCACCGGCUGCUGCGUCUUCAGUCGCUAGAUCUAUCGGCGUGGCGGUACAGGAAAAUUGGUGUGUGAUUAUUAAAUCCGACCCGCGCGGUAUAGGACCACUUGGUGUCACUGGCGGUGGACCAAAGUCAUGGAAGGUGGGUCAGACUGGCUCCAGAGGUGGGAACAGAGGUGUGACACAGGGUCCAGUCUGUGGGUUGUGUUCGUGGGCCGCUGGUGGUCCCACGUGUUUGGAUGAAGUUGACAGAUGACACAUUUGUUUGUGUAUGAAGUAUUUAAGUUUAUUGUUAUUUUGAACAGGGCGGGUUGUUGUUUCGCCAUAUAACCGUCUCACAGGGUGGGGCAGCUAAGGCACAGCCCGCGUAGCACAAUGUGUGGCCAUCUUUAGACGCCCACAGAGGGGUACGGAGGGGCUCCCGUGUUUCUUCUGUACCUGUAUCGUGUGCGGGGGUUGUGUCCCACGUUCCUUCAUCAAGCAGACUAUGGAGGCAAGAACCUGAACGAUAGCACAAUCAUGGUUCGAAACGCAUAUUCCAGAUUGACCAAGGUAGUCACCUCAUUAAGUUCCUUUCCUCUACAGUUUCUGAGAGCUCACCGUUAUUAAAACAUCCACCCCGUGCGCGACGUAUCAAGUCGCUACUUGUCAGCAUCUUGUGAGAAUGCUGAUAUAUGGUGAUUCUACCCUUAUCGUGUGUUGCGUCUGUGUGCAUAUGAACACGGGUGGUGGUAAACGGGGUGGGGACUGGGCAGCGUUUUGGGGAAAACAAUCAUGUCGUCUGGUUGUUAUACAUUGUUCAGAGGAAAGUCACCCGGCCCGUGGCACGGUUGUCACUUGUCUUCGAACACGCCUACUGUUGUACUUUACAAUGUUGGAUGUUUGUGUGUUGUCAAGUCGCGCCGCCUUCAUACAUUCCCGGCAGUGUUGAAUUUUAGUUAUGUUUCUGACAUGGAUUUCGUAAUUUCAAUGUUUACAAUGACAUGAAUACAAAAUUGAAGUGUUAA